AUGUUCGUUAGUAUCAGGAAGAGAUCUAUCCACGCUACCGUCGUGGUGAGCAUGUUGGUGAUGGUAUCGCUUUGGCUUACGCUGAGUUCCAUACCGAAGCUCCAGCAUACCAAUUACUUGGACCUGCUCCUGCUUUCGCUCUGGAAGAGCUCCACGUUCGAUACAGAUACCAACCUGGCGUUCAACAAGAAGGUUACGGAUCUCGUGCAUCAGCGGCAAAAGAACGAUCUUGAGCAUGCCUUCUGGAAGAUCCAAACCACGCUUUCCAAGGACCAGACAGAUCUUGAAAUCCCGCUGUACUUCUUUGAGAGUGACAUUGGCCGUCUAGAUGUCCAGCCGUUCGACCCUCGCUUUACCUUGGCCUUUUAUUACUACUACAUGCGUGUCCACGCUCCCAACUCGCCCAAUGGCGUUCAGGCCCCUUUCCAUUGGGCUGACUGGAUGGAUAUGACGGUUCUUGACGAGUUUAUCUUUGCCGAGAAUAAGACGUCGUGUGACUUUUUGGACCAGCGUGAAACCGAAGAGGUCGAGGCAAAGAAACAUAAUAAACCAAGCAAGAAAGAGGCUCUAGAUCCCGCUGAAUUCUGUGUCAUUGACGCUGAGCUCCCUUUCCAACACAAUGAUGGUAACAGGCUAAGAAUGGGCUUCAACGUGAAGAACUACCCCGGCAGAAUGACCCCGGAGAUGGCCAUGAUUGCCGGAAGAUCUUACAUGUAUACUCAUGCUCCUCCUCCUGCCAGUAUCAUCUUCAUGACCGAUAAUGGCUCGUACAAUAUGACAACGGGAGUAAAGCAGAAGCUUCUUCAUAACGGUAUUGUCGAAGACUACCUCAGACAUGGCAAGACUACAAUUAACACUGUGGAACAGUUCAAACUUUUGAAUAAAAAGGUGCCUAGUUUCACUGAUAGAGUGAUAAGUGACUACCAGGUCAACUUAGAGCACAAAGACUUUGUCCUGGCGCCGCUCCAGAUUAUUAAAGAUUUCCAAGAUUUAAGUGUUUCCAGACCACUCACAAGAAUGGAAAUGAACUACCUUUCUUCGGUGAAAACUUCCGUCGCCAACCAAAAUAGCCCUCCAAAGUACUUUCAGGAAGCCCGUAUUUUCAAUACUGUUAUCGGUGACCACUAUGAUUGGAGAUUUUUUGGUGGUGUCAAGAUCAAUACCGAGGAACAAGAACUUACCUUGCACAGAAUGGUGAGGACCUGGUUGUCCUUCUGUCGUAAACAGGGUAUCACUACCUGGAUGGCGCAUGGUUCGCUUCUUUCCUGGUACUGGAAUGGUAUCGGAUUUCCUUGGGAUAACGACAUUGAUGUGCAAAUGCCACUUCUGGAUUUACAUAAGCUUGGCCGUUAUUUCAACCAAUCGCUCGUGGUGGAAGAUGGUAAGGAUGGAUUCGGUCGUUACUUCAUUGACUGUACAUCUUCCAUUACCGUUAGAGAUCACAGCAACGGUAAGAAUAACAUUGACGCUAGAUUCAUUGAUGUUGAUUCUGGUCUUUACAUUGAUAUUACGGCUUUGGCUGUGAGUGGUGAUGCCACACCUGAAAGAUACCUCGAAGGUAUGCCUGGAGAGGUCAAGAAGGAAUCCAACAAGUACAAUGUCAACGACCAACUUCAAACUUACAACUGCAGAAACAAGCAUUUCCUGAGUCUCGCUGAGAUCUCGCCUUUGAUCAAAUCAUUUGUUGAAGGUAAGGUUGCCUACAUCCCAAAACGUUACUCUGACAUCCUUACGGCAGAGUAUAACAAGAAGGGACUUCUUGACAAGUUUUUCAGUCGUCGACUUUUCAUGCCUCAACUAAGACUUUGGCUUCAUCAAGAUGACUUGCGCUUCUUCUUGAGAGCUAGGGAACAAUGGAACAGGUACUAUGGUGCCAAGUCUUCUGAAGCACUGGUCGGACUCACGAAGCCUAACAUUCAAGGAGAUCUUAGUACCAAGGAAGUAACUACUUUACUUGAGUUGGGCGAAAAAGAUCUCAUGGAUCUUUUACUCAAUGACGAGAUUCUCAUGAGCUACGCCGUGCUGAGAGAUAUGACAGCUUUCCAUGAAAGUGAAAUCAUGAGGCUCCUUUUUGGCAAGAGCACGCAACCUCUUGUUAUAAAGGCUAAGGAGUUUCCACCUUUGAAGUAUGAACCUUUCUUGCAUCGUGAGCUUCUGGAAUACAUAACAUACGAAGGCGAAGUUGACAGAUACAUCAAGUUAAAUGAGAAACACGUCGUGAAUGCCAAGGACCAUAAGGAGAGGAGUCCGGAUGGAACUGAAGAGAAGUUGAAAAAAAUCACUACAGGUGACAAGAAUAGCGAGCCGGACUCUAAACCUAAAGACACCAGUGGGGAAUCAAAGGAAAAUAACCCGUCGAAGCCUGAGGAGAAGGCAGAAACCAAAGCAGAAACCAAAGCAGAGGUGAAGUCUGAAGAUGAUUCAAAGAAAUCUGACGCCGAAGCACAGAAGAACGCUGAGCAGGAAAAGGCAAACGAAAAGCCUAAGGAGACUCCAAAAGAUGAACCUAAAGAAGAGGUUCUGACAUAG